CUUUCUGUCUUUUGUGGGGUUUUUUUUUCCGGUUUUCUGCCUUGGUUUCCAGAUUUUCGGUUUUUGGUUUCAGGCCAAGAACUUUUAUUUUGGUGCAUCACUAGUUUUUAGGGAUGUUAAUUUUUUCCUGAUAUCUGAUAUGCCAAAAUUGUCCAAACACUUAUUUUCCGAUUCUGAUAGCAACCAAUAUAGCAGGGCGGUGGUAGAUGUUAAGCGUUGCCUGCUCAAUCAAGUGAUGCGUUAAAACAAACAAACAAUUUUCAAUUAUUUUCUGCCCACCUAUAAGAAAGAAUUCAAAUUAAAAUCAGAAAUAAAAUGAUUAAAAUGAGCUACAAUGCUCCCUGUUGAUUUCUAGUAUGUUAUUCACUCUGUCUGUCUGUGGGUUGAGCUAAUCCAAAAUAGUGAAAAGGGGGUGGAGGUGAUGACAGAAUUUUGUUUGAACCAGAAUGUCCACUGGGAGAUUACAGCCCUAAUUUGAAGACACUUGAAGUUCCUCCAAUACACUUCUUCCGGAAAUUAUUUUCGAUAAUGUAAUUUAACUAUAAAAACUAGGCCAAAUUUCAACUGGCUAUUAUUUGAAGAAACUUUACACGAAAUGCACAGCACGUCACUGGAUUUUACCUCAUGUGAAUGUACAGUUCAGCCUAAGCCAGAUGCAUUGAAGAGAGAGAAGUAAAUGACAGAUGAAGGGGGGGGGUAAAGUUUUUUUUGCCACCAUUACACAGAAAAGCACACACAGGGAAGAGACAGAGCAAUUUAUUUUCCUGUACUUUUUGCUUGUAACCAUUGCAACCAAAUAAAUUUUAUGAUAAAUGGAAAAUAUAUAAGACGAUAGAGAGAGAGAAGGGGGAAGGGAAAAUGUUCACUUAGGGGUAAGAAAAAAAAAAUCUUUAAAUGACUAAGAGAGAGAUAUACAAUGGUAAGGUUAAGCAAACACAAAAUAUGCUCCCUGUGUUUUCCUUCUAAAAUUGACCCCACCCAAGAUAUAGUAUUAAACAAAGAGACAGCAAGGAGGCCCCUGAUAACUGCCGAAGAAGUGUCGAAUAUCCAAGUAAACAAGCAUUGCGUCAUCAAAUUGCAGUCUCCCAAAGCGAGGUCGAGUACAUUUUCAGCCUCUGUGUUUUUUUCACAGGUGUAUAUCCCAUGUCUGUGUUAGAAGACAAAGUGCCAGGUGAAGAGGUGGGUCGACUCAUAGCUAAGGACCCUGACCUUGGGGACAAUGGCCUGGUGAACUAUCGCCUGAUAGAUGGAGAUGGAAUGGACGUGUUUGAACUAACCACGGACUCUGAAUCCAGGGAGGCCGUAAUCAAACUGAAGAAGCAAGUAGACUUUGAAAAGAAACGUUCAUAUACAUUAAAGGUAGAGGGAGCGAAUACUUAUGUGGACCCACAAUUCCUUGCUUGGGGACCCUACAAGGAUCAAGCCACAAUUAAGAUAUCAGUGGAGGAUGCAGAUGAGCCUCCUGUAUUUGUAGCUUCGAGUUACAUGUUUGAGGUAGAGGAGAAUGCACCAGAAGGUACACUAGUGGGACGGGUUCACGCCAAAGACACUGAUGUAGCCAACAAUCCUGUAAGGUACAUGAUCCCCCGGUAUACAGAUGUUGAGCAGUUCUUUAGCAUCAACCCAGAAGAUGGAAGGAUAACCACAACAAGACCACUGGACAGAGAAUCACAGGCCUGGCAUAACAUAUCUGUAUCAGCCAUAGAAAUAGGUGGCCACCAUCAAGAUACAAAAGUGCAAGUUGACAUUAAAGUGAAAGACGUGAACGACAACCCCCCAGAGUUUGCGAACAACAAUGAAGUCUUCAUGUGUGAAUCCAUCUUACCAGGAAGUGUAAUUGAAACUGUAAGUGCUGUGGACAAAGACGAGAUGACCAACAGACAACACUUUACAUACGCCUUGGCUCCAGAAGCGGCUCACAACCAAAACUUUUCCCUUAAAGACAACCGAGACGGCACCGCAAGUAUUUAUGUGCUUCGCAAAGGUUUCAGCCGACUGACCCAGGAUGUUUACUACCUUCCCAUUGAGAUAAAUGACAAAGGCGUCCCUGCUAUGAGUAGCACGAACACCUUAACUAUCAGAGUAUGCACCUGUGACAGCAAAGACACCAUCCUAUCCUGUAAUGUGGAGCCCUAUGUCCUGCCUGCUGGACUCAGCACUGGAGCACUCAUAGCUAUACUUGCCUGCAUUGUCAUCUUGUUGGCCAUUGUGGUGUUGUUUGUUGCACUGAGGCGUCAAAAGAAAGAGCCGUUAAUACUUUUUGAAGAGGAGGACAUCAGGGAGAACAUCAUCACUUAUGAUGAUGAAGGAGGCGGUGAGGAGGACACCGAGGCUUUUGAUAUUGCUGCUCUGCAGAAUCCAGAUAGUGCCAAUGGUUUCCUGCCAAGAAAGGAUAUCAUACCAGAGCUUCAGUAUUCCAUUAGACCCGGUAUUGACCGCCCUGCAGCGAACAGCGUGGAUGUGGAUGACUUCAUCAAGACUCGAAUUGCUGAGGCGGAUAGUGACCCAACUGCGCCUCCUUAUGACUCUAUUCAGAUCUAUGGAUAUGAAGGAAAAGGAUCAUUGGCCGGUUCAUUGAGUUCCCUGGAAUCUGUCACAACAGAGUCUGAUUUGGAUUACGACUAUCUGCAAAGUUGGGGCCCACGGUUUAAGAAGCUGGCGGAUCUGUACGGGACAAAAGACUUCUCUUCUAAUGAGGAUGGUAAUGACUUAUAACAGUUGUCUUACUAAGUGGAUGGCCCUCCUGAUUUUUGAUUCACCGAUUCCCAGUUCUCAGCUGUUACCAUCAACUGACCAGUUCAAGCUAAUUUGGCCAUGGCUUUUUUACAGCUCUUCCAUUCAUUGUAUUAACUUAUUAAUCUAGUACAGUUUAUUAAUAAACAAAAAAAAAAAAAGAAUUAUUGAACCCUAAUUGGCUCUCCCUUUACCCCUCAUUGACCUUUUCACUUAAUUUUUGCUUCUUUUGAUUUCUAUCAAUUUUAGGAAAGUAGGGUUUGGUAACUUGUUUUAUCGAGGAAAAAUACAAGCAAAAUAGCAAAAUGUAUUUGAAUCAUAAGGUAGUCAUGCGAGAUGGCUACUAAUCAGUUCAUCUGGGUUCCUGAGAAAGAAAGUGUUGUUAUCCAUAGGAGUUCAGAGUAGGAUGGAUAGAUAACUUUGUAGCUUUUUUUCUACACAAGAAGGAGGCAAUCAAAAAAGAAAUAAUAGUUGGAAUACAUGUUGUUUAGUUUAAAUUUACAAUUGAGAAAUGUGUGUAAAAAGGCUCAUACUGCUUUUUUUCUUAAAUUUGUUGUGUGUAGCCUUUAACUGGUUCUGUGGUUUAUGAUAGACUCUGGGUUGUCAAUUCUUUAAAGAUGCAUAUUACAGCAUAUUCAA